CGCUCGCCGCGUGCGGCCGUCCACCAGUGCGUUGCGCAUCUUCGGGCGGCAGCCGCACGUUUUCUGCGCAGAGUCCGCGCGUGCAGACGACGGAAGCUUAGUUUGGUGACGUGCAGAAUGGCGGAAGAAGAGCUUUCCGAGAAGUUUGCGCGCCGGGAGGCGAUCGAGAGGGGUGAGAUCAAGGAUCUGAAAGUGAGUGAAGGAUUCAACCCUUACAUCGAGUUUUCUCGCAAGGAGAUCAAGGAGUACGAGAAGCACUUCAAGAAGUUCGACCUGAACGGCGAUCACGUGUUGGACUUCGAGGAGCUGAAGCGUAUGAUGGAGAUCCUGGGUGCACCGCAGACUCACCUGGCGCUCAAGGAGAUGAUCCGACAGGUGGACGAGGACUUCGACGGCACCAUCAACUUCAGGGAGUUCCUGCUGAUCUUCAAGAAGGCACGUGACGGCGAACUGAGUACGGACGGCGGCCUCAGCGCACUGGCGCGGCUCACCAGCAUCGACGUGGAGAAGGCUGGCGUUGGGGGCGCCAAGAGCUUCUUCGAAGCCAAGGCGAUGGAGCUGAAUCGCGGCAACCGGUUCGAGGAGGAGAUCAAGCAGGAGCAGCUGGAGCGAAAGAUCGAAGAGGAGGAGCGAAAGAAGCGCCAGGCUGCGUUUAUGGAGAAGGCGAACUUCUUCAAGAACGCCGCCGCCACGUAGGGUGCGCCACAGCACAGCACGCCCACGCUGCGGCCAUCACGUCGUCGCCAGUCAAGCUUCGGCACCUCCUCCUCUCUCGCUGUUACACCGCUUUCAAUACCACGUGACGCAGAGUAUAUUUUUAAUCAAACAAAACGCGCAUCGUGCCUUGCAGCGCCGAUUCACAAGUUCCUCCGGGCAGCGCUGAGCGCAUGGCCGCAGAACGGUGUCUAAUAUAUAUCUUUCGAGUGAUUGUAAAUACGCCAUGUAAAUAAAGAAGAGA